AUGUGCACGUGCGUGUCCACACCGGGAAUCUUGUCCACUGGCCUGGCUGCUGCCUACUAUAGUGGAGAUAGUCUGGGCUGGAAGCUCUUCUAUGUCACAGGCUGUCUAUUUGUGGCUGUGCAGAACUUGGAGGACUGGGAGGAAGCCAUCUUCAACAAGAGUACCGGUAAAGUCGUUUUGAAGACAUUCAGCCUCUACAGGAAGCUGCUGACUCUUCUCAGAGCAGGCCAUGACCAAGUGGUGGUCCUGUUGAAUGACAUCCAAGAUGUGAACAUGGAGGAGGAGAAAGUCCGGUACUUUGGGAAGGGCUACAUGAUAGUGCUCCAGUUUGCAACAGGCUUCUCCCACCCACUCACCCAGAGUGCAAUCAUGGGCCACCGCAGUGACGUGGAAGCCAUUGCCAGGCUUAUCACUAGCUUCCUGGACCUGCACCACCUGGAGAGCCCCUCUAAGAAGUCUCAGAGCAGUGACAGCGAGGCUGAUGGCCCUGGAAGUCAGAGCUGAUGGCCUGGAAUGGCCACUGAUGGCCAUCUGCUUCUGAUGUGUCUCCUGAUGAUUGGCCAGUCACAAGGAUCCAAGCAGA